UCCCCCCCGCCCCCCCUCUCUCUCUGUCUCUCUCCAUUUGCUACUUGCUGUUCCUCUUUUGCUUUAAUUCCUCAAAAGUCCCCAAACCUUUUUCAUCUCCUCCCCCCUCUGUGGCGGAGAGAUAUCUCUUAUAUCUCUUUCUUUCCCUCUGAGGCCUGAGAAGGAAACAAAAGCCAAUAAUUAUUUUUUGGUGUAUUUGGGCCUUCUAUUUCUUUUCUUUUUGGUUGUGGAAGAUGGGGUCAGAGAGCUCCUCGAACUCGACCUCUGAAUGCGAUGGGAACGUCAAAUACAGAGAGACCCAGGUGGUGCUGAACGUAUACGAUCUCACCCCUCUCAACAAUUACAUGUCUUGGUUCGGUUUUGGGAUCUUCCAUUCCGGCAUUGAAGUCCAUGGUAAGGAGUAUGGAUUCGGGGCUCAUGACUUCCCAGCAAGUGGAGUUUUUGAAGUGGAGCCAAGGACUUGCCCAGGUUUUGUUUACCGGUGUUCUGUCCCAUUAGGCCGCAUAACUAUGCUUCCAUCAGAAUUCCGUGUAUUUAUUGAGAAUGUGGCAUCAGAGUACCAUGGGGAUACCUAUCACCUCAUUUCCAAGAAUUGCAACCAUUUUACAGAUGACAUUUCAUGGAGACUGACAGCAAAACACAUCCCAGGUUGGGUGAAUCGGCUUGCCCGACUAGGUGCUUUAUGUAGUUGUCUGCUUCCUGAAAGCCUUCAAGUAUCUACUGUCAAACAGCAGCCUGAGUACCACGACUGUUCAGAAGAUGGUACAGAAUCUCUGUCGAUCACCACUGCACACGAGUCAACAGAGAUUGAUGAUGAUCAAGAGAAGUGUCUGCUGUCCCCAAUGGCUGUAAGCGGUGAUGUGGCCUUUGUUAAAGAGGUACACAAGUGAAACUAGGCUGCUUUACUGAACAGGGGAAUAUAAUCCAUUGUUCCCAUUGCUUGCAUGUAAAACUUUUUGCUUGACUUGCUGUAAUUGUUUCAUUUUUCCCUCAUUUUUCCACUUUUUAUCCUUUUAUGUUUCUUUCAUCUGUUGAGAACUGAAAAUCAUGAACUCUUAUAAUUGGUCAUUUUUCUACGGAUGUUUUGUUCCGUAUGGCGGUUUUUGUGGAGGGGAAAUGACAUCUCUACUGAACAUGGCUGUCUACUUCAGUUUCGUGAAGCAAUUUGAUGAAAAUGAGUGCCGGAAAUUUUUGUCACCAAAA